CACUGUCAGUUCUCUCUCGCGAACAAACACAGCUAAACGCUUUCUCACAGACGAAGCUUAUUUUGGCUCCUUUGUUCAUUUUUCGGCACUGAAGCAGUUUUAUUCAAUUAUUUGGACGCCUUGGUUUUGCUCUUGGCAUCUGUUUUAAGGACAAGACAGAAUCACUUAUCGGGGACUGCAGUUGUCCAGACAGGUUUAUUUAAAGGCUCUGGUGUGAUGUCAGACACAGUCGAGACAGAUGACAGAGAGCUGAGGCCAGUCGACUUCAUCCAGCUUCAGCAGUACAUUGACUAUUGCAGUCUGAAAGUAAAAGAUGUGUUAAAGGAAUUUAAUGCAGAUGGCAGAUUAGCCAAGUAUAGACAUGGAGAGUGCAUUGAUGAGCAAGGGUUCCGUCUCUUCCUGAAGACGUAUUUGGAAGAGGAGGACUUCCCUGCAGAUCUGUGCAAGCGCUUGUUCAGAUCAUUCCAGAGCUCAGAGUCGGCUAAAUCAGAUGAGAACAGGGAAGUGUUCCUGAAGGAUGUGUCCUGUUAUUUCUCUCUUCUGGAAGAUGGACAGCCAAGGGACAAGCUUGAAUUUGCCUUUAGACUUUAUGACAGAGAUGGGAACGGAGUUCUGGACAGUUCGGAAGUGGACCGCAUUAUUGCCCAGAUGAUGCAUGCAGCAGACUAUCUUGGUUGGGAUGUGUCUGAACUGAGGCCUGUACUGAAGGAUAUGAUGACAGCGAUUGAUUCAGACAGCAGUGGAACAGUGUCUUUACAGGAAUGGGUGGAGGGGGGCAUGAAUAAUGUCCCCCUGCUGGUGUUAUUGGGACUGAAGAUUACCCAAAGAGACGGCCAACAUCUGUGGAGGAUGAAACAUUUUAACAAGCGUGUGUACUGCAACGUCUGUCAGAAUAUGCUGCUUGGUCUACGCAAACAGGGUCUCUGUUGCACCUGCUGCAAAUACACAGUCCAUGGCCGAUGUGCCAAUAGGAAUCCUGCUCCAUGCACCCGCACAUAUGUGAUGUCAAAGAAAGAGACUGGGACUGCAUCCCAUGUCUGGGUGAGUGGAAACUGUGAUUCUGGGAAAUGUGACAGGUGUCAGAAGAAGAUUAAGGGUUUGCAUGGCCUUACUGGGAAACGCUGUGUCUGGUGUCACACCAUGAGGCAUGAUGAGUGUGCAGUCCAGGAACCCUUAGAAUGCGAUUGUGGCCCUUUCAGGGAUCAUAUUUUGCCACCAUGGGCCAUAUAUCCUGUCAUCAAGGAGAGGCCAAACUGUGUAAAGAACGGCUGCUCAGGUGCAGGUGAUGACAGUGACCACAACAAUACGCCUGACGGUCAGGUACUACAGAUAAACCCUAUUCCUGACACUCAUCCUCUUCUGGUGUUUGUGAACCCUAAAAGUGGCGGCAAACAGGGAGAAAGAGUCCUUCGAAAAUUCCAAUACUUGUUGAAUCCUCGGCAAGUUUAUAACCUUUCCAAUGGUGGACCAGCACCAGGGUUGUGUUUCUUCAGAGAUCUGCCAGACUAUAGAAUAUUAGUGUGUGGAGGUGACGGCACAGUGGGCUGGAUACUUGACGCCAUAGAUAAAUCUAACCUGCCAAGGCGCCCCCCUGUGGCCGUACUUCCACUUGGGACAGGCAAUGAUCUUGCUCGCUGCCUUCGAUGGGGAGGAGGUUAUGACGGGAUGGAUCUGGGCCGGAUCCUGAAGGACAUAGAGGGCAGUUCUGUAGUUCCGAUGGAUCGCUGGAGCAUACAGGUGAUUCUAGAGGAUAGUCAGGAGAGAGGUGACCCAGUUCCCUACGAAAUCAUCAACAAUUACUUCUCCAUUGGAGUGGAUGCUUCCAUUGCUCACCGCUUCCACACCAUGAGGGAGAAACAUCCACAGAAGUUUAACAGCAGAAUGAAGAACAAACUAUGGUAUUUCGAAUUUGCCACAUCCGAGACAAUCUCAGCAUCUUGUAAAAAACUCAAGGAGUGUCUCACCAUUGAGUGUUGUGGGACCAAGUUGGAUCUCAGUAAUCUUUCCCUAGAGGGGAUUGCAGUUCUCAACAUUCCCAGCAUGCACGGCGGGUCCAAUCUUUGGGGUGAAGCCAAAAAGACAGACAAAGCUGACCAGGACUUACCUGAUGUCAUAGUUGACCCUGAAAUCUUAAAAGUGAGCCCACAAGACAUGAGCGAUAAGCGAGUGGAGGUGGUGGGUUUGGAAGGAGCCAUGGAGAUGGGACAGAUAUACACAGGGCUAAAAAGCGCCAUCCGACUUGCCAAAACAUCUCAGAUUACCAUCAGGACAAAAAAGCCGCUCCCCAUGCAGAUUGAUGGAGAGCCGUGGAUGCAGCCACCUUGUACCAUUCACAUCACACACAAGAACCAAGCCCGUAUGCUAGUGGGCCCUCCAGCGAAGUCCUCUGGCUUUUUCAACCUGAAAUAGUUUGCCGAUGCCUGAGCAAUGCUAUGAGUUAUCCAGAUUGCUUCAAAAAUUUGUGCACAUUAACAAGGACACUGAAGCCAACGCCUGUUUGCAGCCAAUUUGUAUUUCUGUAGGGUAUACUGAAUAAGGUUUAAGUUUUUUUUGUUGUUGUUUUUUUUUCAAACGAUUAGGAGAUUUACAUUAGGUUGUGUUUUUAAACAGAUCUCUUCACUAGCCCACCUUAACAUCAACUGUGCAUUAAAUGUGCUUUCUUUAAAGAAAUAUAUUUGUCUUAAACAAUAGGUCAUGCAAUUUUUUUAUACAUUUUUGCUGUGAUAUUAGUAUGUUCACAGUUCAUUCCAAGUAAAUAUGAUGGAUAUUUGUUUUAAGGUUAUGUAGAUAUGCAUAAAAAAUCUGCAUCGCUCCAAAGCGUCCAUUGUUUGGGUUGUGUUGCUAAGGUUUGAUGUAGAAUUUGCUCAGCAACUUUGUAGUACGCUGUAGGUGAUCUAAACAGAUCUGAGCGAACACUGCACAGCAGGAACACUGCUUUGUUUGUAUCUAAUUCAGAUGUUUUCUAAAGCUAUAUUGUAAGUCUUCUUUAGCCACUGCAGUUACUAAUCAUUAUGUAUGUUUAAUCCAGAUUAAACCAGGCCAAACAAGGUGCCAAUGUGCUCUUUGCCAGAAUAACGAGUAGCGUUACUACGCCAAAUUCCGAAGAGCUUUUCGACACAUCUAAUUUAUUUGCUGUUAAAUUGUUUACACCUAAACUAGUAGCUGAAGUGUUUAGAUUAUAUAUUGAAACAAAAUCAACAGUAUAAUGUUAACUCAUUAGGUUUUUUAAAUUGUAUCCAGAAUGUAUUGAGUCAGUUCGGUAAAACUGAUUUUGCACCAUUUCAGACACUGACAAAGUAUGAUAGUUAUAGUUUACAAAAAAGCCAUUCUAUUGUAUUUAGCGUGCUAUUGCUCCAUUUCUGAUAAUUAAAUGGACAAAAUCAUAAAGCACAUUGCACACAUCUCUUUUUAUCAUUUAUUAAGUUUGGUUGUAAAUGGCAUCUAUGGCACUCUAGCAGGCUUUUUAAUUUACGCCGCUCCUUUUGUGAAAUUGUCUGAAUAAACAUUUCACUGUUUGCCGAUUCA